AUGCUAACAAGCCUCCGCGUGCCUACUCAUCGGAGGCUCUGCAGCGUACUUGCUCUUGCUGCGCAGGGAUACAAAGCAGACGCACAGAAUCGAACACAGGGGCCUCUAGGGAUCGCUGAACUCAGUCCAGGCGCUACUUUGCAGAAGCAGAAGCGCGCGAAAAAGACCCAGUGUAUUCUAAGCACUUCGCGCAUCUCGCGGGCAUCCGAGUGCCGCGUGUUCGUCAAGCUUUGUGGAUAG